AUGCCACGGCCGCACACCUAUGGUGACUGGGAUGAGUCGUACAACGAGGUCCCCAGGUGGGUGUUGGGAGUCCAGUUGACGAUGCCUGGUACUGUUGCAGUCCUUAGGACGAGCCCUGUUCGAGUUGGUAGACAGCUGGACGAGUCUCAAGCUUAUUUUCAUAGACUGUUCUGGACGUUUCCACCGUGUAUCAAGGCAUUCUGUCAUUGCAAGUUGCUGGUUAGUAUUGACGGCACCCAUCUAUAUGGCAAGUAUGGGAGAACGUUGCUUGUAGCGAUUGCACAGGACGGGAACUCCAACAUACUCCAUGUUGCAUUCGCACUAGUCGAGGGUGAGAAUGCUGAGUCUUGGUCAUUCUUUCUCUCCCAUCUGCGUCAGCACGUGACACCGCAGCUGGGUCUGCUGGUUAUAUCGGACAUGCAUAACGGCAUCAAGGCCGAGCUUGAGGCUCCCGACGGAGGCUGGUUACCUCCAUCUGCGUACCGAACAUUCUGCAUUCGACAUGUAGCGGCAAAUUUCACCCUAACCUUCAAGGGCAAAGACAAACGGAGGCUUCUUGUCAACACGGCAUACGCAAAGACCGAGGUAGAGUUUGAUUACUGGUUUGAUAUUCUGCGAACUGAAGACCCGGCGAUGUGUGAGUGGGCGAAUCAGAUAGUGUAUUCCUUGUGGACUCAGCAUUGUGAUGAGGGGCGGAGAUUCGGGCACAUGACGACGAAUAUCUCUGAAUGUAUGAACUCAAUUCUCAAGAGUGUCAGAAACCUCCCUGUGUGCUCGCUGGUGAAGGCAACAUAUGGAAGGCUUGCCAAACUAUUUGUUCGCAAGGGGAGAGAGGCUGAGGCCCAGCUGGGAACCGGACAAGAAUUCAGUCAGCACUUAGUGAAGUGUAUUGAGGCCAACUUGAAGAUGGCGAGGUGCUUCACGGUGACUUUGUUGUGCUCGCUUGCAAAUCAGACAUGUGACUGCGUAUCCUUCCAGGCACUUCAUUUCCUGUGUCCGCACGCACUGGCAUGCUGUGCCUACUCACGGGUUAACUGGGCCGCUUACGUCCACCGGUGUAUCGUCUUAGUUCAGUGUUCAGUGUGUAUCGGAUGGGAUUCACACCUCCUAUUUUGGAGGGUUUCUGGCCACCAUAUGACGGGCCGACUGUGA